AUAGUCGUCGUCGUCUUCGUCGCAUCUUCGGGCGCCCCCUUUUACACUGCCUGACUGACUGCCUCUGUCUGUCUAGAGCAGCAGCAGCAGCAGCGACAGUUGCUGGAGUUGUUGCCAGCGAUGUGUAUCUACCGAGCAAGUGCGUUUCUCUCGUAGCAGCAGAAGCAACAGGAGUCAAGCUACUCUCGGUCGUCGUUGUUUGUGUAUACGUAUGUAUGUAAACAUCAGACAGAAUGAUGGAUAAAUUGCUGCCAGCGAGAAAAAGUCAAUCCGUUUUCGUGAGUUGGAUGUAGCUCGUGAGUUGAGUUUGAUUUGGCGAAAGUUUUGUCCAGUGCUUCCUCUCACAAAAGCAUUACUUAAUAUUACCACAGCUUGGAGUACUUGGCAAAGUGUAGCAGUGGAUGUUGUUGUGGUGAUGGUGGUGGCGGUGCAAACUUUUUCGUCGUUAAGAAAUUUUGUACACUGUAACAGAAUUUCGAUUUUGUUUUCCUGCGAGCGUGUGAAGGCGUCAACCAGCACCCAGUCAAAAGAUAGGCGAUAGCUAUGUGACGUGGCACAAUUAGGCAGGUGACAAUCACAACUAGAGAAUGUAUCAUAAGCAAGAUUAGUAUUCAAGGAGGCUAUGAGACCGCUGAACAAGGUAGCAGUGACUAUUCGUCAAGCGUAGCUGUCUUUUCUGUCAAAUCUCUUGCUGCUGUUUGAAAUUUCGCAGCUGAUUCUGUGGUGGUGAAAGGCGCACCAGCGUUCCGCCGUUGUCACUCGAAUUUCAAGAAUGAUAAUGUUGUUGGAUGGAAGCUGCAAGGCCGGUUGCAGCGGGGUUGAGCGGUUCCGGGGGGCCGUUCCCUAAGGAGACCACGAACACGGCCCUAAAUAACAACAAUAAUCGUAACAGUGACGAAAAAAACGGAAAACAAAGACGUAAAAUCAUUGACGACGACGACAACGCCAACUCAGGCCCAACCCGAGCGGUUGAGGUUGGUGGGGCAACAACUUCCGGAUCUUUUGCCUCUUCUGGAAAACGACAGUCGACGUCGAUAGCCGCGCUGAUUUCCUCGUUUGAAGCAUCUUCAGCCGGGGCAUCAGGUUUGGCAAGUGCGACCGUUACUGCUGCCAGCGUUCUCCCUUCCACUACUUUGUCGUCGCAAGGAAACACACUGGUAGGCGGUAGUCUAAAAACUGGCGCAUUUAGAGCCUCCGUAAAAGCAAAGGAUGCUGCCGUUCUAACCGUUCGAGGUGGUGCGGAGAAUGCACAAUUCGUCUAUCUCGAUAGUGAAGAGUUAGGUGAAUACUCCAUUCGCUCGGGUGAUGUAGUGUUAGAGGUUGAGGGUCAGAGCGUGGCCGGAUAUACGAGAGCGGAUGUUCAAACUUUACUGGAUUACUGCGCUAAUCGAGGGCAGCAUACGCUAGCGCUUACUUUCAUACAAGCCGAGGUAUUAAAUCGUGAUAUUCGUGCAUAUCUCAACUGUCGUUUUCCUCAGGGAUCGCCGGAGCACGAUCUCCAAAAUACGAUCAGGGACAACCUAUACAUUCGCACGGUUCCCUGCACCACCCGAACGCCGCGCGUCGGCGAAGUCAACGGAGUUGAUUACCAUUUUCUCACAAGGGAAGAAUUUGCAUCGCUUGAGCGUGAGGGAAAACUACUGGAAAGUGGAUUUUUCGAGGGUAACUUUUAUGGGACUCCACUGCCAAAUAUUCAGAUUCAGGGACAGAGCACUUCGUUGAAAACGCCUCCUCUGCUUGUGCCCGGAGCGCAUCCUACCAGCGAAGGAAAACGAAAGAGGAACCGCUCGAACGUCGAAGCCUUCCUCAACUCUAACAAACCUCUUUCACCGAGCUCCACAACGGCGACGACGACAAUGGCGCCCUCAACCAGUGGCCAUUUGGAGCAACUAGCUGCGGGUAGCGAUGUCGGAAGCGGCAACAACAAUUCGACUCACGGCAAAAUAAACAACGGCGAUAACAAUAAUAGCAACAACAACAAUAGCAACAACAACAGUCAGCAAGAGAUCAGCAACCAUUCCUCAAGCCAGCUCUUCAACAACCAUUCAGAUAACAGCAACACCAGCGGUUACAACGGUUACAGAAAUCUCGUAGAUAGCGGCAGUUAUGAUGGUCACGCCGCUAAAGCCAGCAGUCUUCAUUGUCAAAGCAACAACAAUACAACUAGCAGCAAUGACAUGGUGUACGUUGGUGAGGCUCUCGGCGAAGGGGGCGGAAGCUGCGGUGGUCAGUACGGUGAAGGAACAACUAUUGUCGAUGAUGACCUCGGCCCGCUGCCUCCUCAUUGGGAGAAAGCGUACACAGAACAAGGGGAGCCCUACUUCAUCAAUCUAAACACAAACAAGUCACAAUGGGACGAUCCGCGGUUGUGUGGUGACGAUGGUCCUGAUGGUGGUCUCGGCCAGGACGAUCGAUCCAUUCAAAUGGGUCAGUUGGGCGAAGGACCUGGGUCCCCUCUGACGCCUCUCGACCAGAUGGAACUUCCUUAUGGCUGGGAGAGAAUCGACGAUCCUCAAUAUGGCACCUACUACAUCGACCAUAUUAACAAACGCACACAGUACGAGAGUCCAUUGGCGACGCAAGCGACGUUGGAUGGAUCCCAAAUCCUCUCAGGAAACGCGGUACUUAACACCUCUGGCAGCACUUUGUCCAUCGCUAUGUCAUCGUCAGUGCGCGAAGAUGAUAUGGUUCCAGCCUCCGAGAAAUCUGGCCUCCCUAUGUCCAUUCCUUUGGGUGCCCCCCCAGGGCAUUUCUCUCAUCCAAGCGUACAGAUUGGACCUGGUCACGAAGUUCAAAAUAACAUAAAACAUGCAAGUAAUGCUCCACUUGUAGCUAGCUUUCGAGUAGACAAGUUAUCUCAUCAGUUUAGCCAAAGCGAAGUGCACGGAGGCUUGCCGUACACUUCAAUGCACCUGCCAGGUUUAAAGGUUAUAGGGCCAGACAGCAGCCCUCGCGUACGAAAUGACUCUUCAAAGGCGCAUGUGCCCAUGUUAGCUUCUCUGCAACAAGAGUAUCAGCAACAUAUUGAUCAACAGCGACAAUUAGGAGGGGAGAAGAUUGGCGCAGAGGCAAGCGGCCACUCCAGAUCUAGGAGCGAUCUAGUCGGCGGAACCCAAUACUCCAGUGCCAAUAAAACCGCCAGUCAAGUUGAACGCGGAUGGCAGAGACCGAUCCAUGGAACACUUCCGAGGAACACGUCAGUGGACCCAUUGUAUGCUACGAUUGGGCCAAAAAAAAACGGAGGCGUCACGCAUCUUCAGCAACCACUUCAUCGAAAGCCGCUGCCGCCACCGCAGCAGGAAGAUACCUCCGCUGUGUAUAUGACCAUGCAUCCUCCCACAGGUUUCGCGGGCGGACAGACCCGAAAUGGGCUCAUGGACAGUGGAUUAAUGACAACGCAUAAUUAUGCUAACGUGUACGAGCCACAAUAUCGAAUGAGUGAAGGCCACCGGCACCGCGAGAAUGGGAUGGUUUCAUGCGGCGACGAUCUCGAGAAAAUUAAUGAAAGUCAAGCUACCGAGAAUGAUUCUGUCUUCACAAGUGGAGGCAAUAACGACCUCGAUCUAUCGCUCCGAAGUGACCCUGAUGUGAAAAACGACGAUUUGAACAAUAACACAAACAAUGGUAAUCAUAACAAAGAUGAUAGUCGAGGGCAAGCUGCGGCAGCCAGCGGGCAGCUAGCGUCGACGACGGACAAAAAAGACUCUGUCCCUAUCGACAGCAGUAGUAGUGCCCAGAUGAACAGUAGCCGUGACGGAAUUUUGGCCCUAAUGCCUUGUCUUGCAUCGUGCAUGCACGAUAAAACGUACGGCACUGUAGGUGAGCUCAACAAAAAGGAACCGACAAGUAGCAAUACGAGUGCCAAGCACAGCAACAACAACAACCAGCACGUAUCGAGUGGAUCACUGGAAAAUAAACUUAAAGAGCAUCAUAGCCUGGACGACGGACAGCAACGCGAACAACGUGAAAAUGAGCAAAAUGAACUUAGGCAGAUCAAUUGCGAUUCUGGCGAAACAACGAAGAAAGACAGUAACAACACGAUGGUUACUUCACCGUUAAGCAACGGCCGUAUCGCGAACAACAACAACAACAACAACAAUAAUAACGAUGUAACAGGAGGCAAUGUCAAUGGACGAAGCACUAGUGACACUGCGAGGGCAGCAACAAUAUCAAAAGAAGACAUGCUCCGAGAGGACCAGCAAAACGACCUGCUUAAACCGGGCUCCCCUCCAAAAAAUGGCCACGUUUCUCUAAGCGGUGGAAGCCCCCCGCGGAAGAUACCUCCACCGACGCUGCCUAAGCCAAUGCUGUCACAAAUUCCGUUCCAUCUUCAACAGCAUCAGGCGUUGCUUCCGCCGCAGUAUCAAUUGCCGUACGUGUUUACACGUAAUCCCGCCGAACUUGUAGGCGAAAUCAUACACGUUGGUUUGGUGAAAAGCCCGCGAGGGUUCGGCUUUACCAUCAUUGGCGGUAACGACCACCAGGCUGAGGAGUUCCUGCAGAUCAAGAGCAUCACUCAAGGCGGGCCGGCGUGGAAUGACGGGACACUGCGCACUGGUGAUGUGCUCGUUCACGUAAACGGUAUCUGUGUUCUGGGCUAUACCCAUGGUGAUGUUGUGUCCCUGUUCCAGUCGAUCGCCCCCGGAGAGGUGGUGCAUCUUCAGAUCUGCAGAGGAUAUAAGCUGCCAUUCGAUCCAAAUGAUCCCAACAUGGAGAUAGUCACUACGCAGGCCGUAACUGCAAAUGGUUCAUACGAUACUAACGUUGAUAAAUCCGUCAUUUCAGAUAACGAAAAUCUGGUUAACCGCUCUGUCGUAGGAGCAUCCCGGGAGUAUAACGACAUUUAUGGGACGGUUAUGCGCAAGAUGCAGAGUAUCGACCUCAGCAAAGGUUCAUUAGGUGGCUCUGCUGUCGUGGGAGCCAACAUUAGAAACGUGGAGAAUGCCAGUGCUACACUCAGCAGUUCUAAUGUCGAGCAGCAUAACAGUUUACACGAGGAAAGUGAACUUGAUUUCGAGCCGCCAAAGUUUCUCACCGUCGAAAUAGUAAAAGGAAAUACCGGUUUUGGAUUUACUAUUGCCGAUUCGGCUAAUGGUCAAAAGGUCAAGAAAAUCCUUGACGAAACUCGCUGUGAAGACCUUGUCGAAGGCGAUAUUUUGGUGGAUAUCAAUGGUCGCAACGUACGCCGGUCGUUGCAUGCCGAAGUUGUGCAAGUCCUUAAGGAAUGCCUCAUCGGUUCGACAGCCCGGAUUACGGUACAGCGUGGCGGUUUCGCCACCUCACGCAGCCAAGCAACCGGAGCCCGUACUCCAGUCAAUGCGGCUGACGAUGCCGGAUCGGAACGCGGAAGUCAUGCGUCUACGUCCUUUUCACAGUUCAACUUCAAUCCGAACCCGACAGCCUUUCAAUACAGAUCGAAAACCCCUACUGCCGAUCUCUAUGGCUCAGCAAGGGAAGUCGUUAUUCAGCGCCCAAAGACCCCAGUGGUAGACACACGAAACUGGGAAUGCCCGGAAAAACCGCCAAGGACAGGUCCUCAGCCUGGCCAACAGAUACAGCGGCUACAGCAUCAUCCAGGUGGGCAAACGGUCCCUGAUGCGAACAUUAAUAACAGUAUAUAUGGGACGACGCUCGGACUCGGCAGCCGACCUACAACUGCUGCGUACGGUAACGUGGGCAGUACUCAACCUCGAUUUGAAGAAGAUGUUUAUGGAUACGUGCGCUCAAAGUCGGAGGUAUGGCACUACGAUUACCCAACACCCGCUGGGACACGCCAGUCGCACACGUUGGCGCGGAAUGCCCAUUCCGCAGUGGCCCCCUCGCAGGGAGAGUACGCUAAUUAUUAUGCCCUAUACGGCAAUGAGCGUGGAGUUACGCCCCAGCCAUCGUAUGAUCCGACGGGGCAACAUUCGAUUUACGGUACAGCAGAAAGUGUGCGCUAUGCCGAGAGUUUACGAGCGCCGUCGGUCCAAGGAGGAACUAUAGGGGCCAGUGGUGCCUACGGUGAAGGCGGUAAUGGCGAAUUCCAAGUGAGUCUAAAUCGACAAGAGAGUGGAUUCGGCUUUCGUAUCGUCGGCGGAACAGAAGAAGGUUCUCAGGUUACUAUUGGUCAUAUUGUACCAGGUGGCGCGGCAGACGUGGACGGUUCGAUUCAGACUGGUGACGAGAUCCUUUCAGUUGAUGGACAUUCGGUAGCUAAUGCCUCGCACCAUCACGUCGUCCAACUAAUAGGGGCCGCCUCAAUAUCCGGUCAGGUCACACUUGGCCUGAGGAGAAGGAUAUCAAACUUACACAACACUUCAGGACAAAGUGAAUUGACACCAGCAACUUACACGUACAAUGUCAUCGUAGAACGGACCGAAAACGAGGGGUUCGGAUUUGUGAUUAUCUCGUCGGUAGGCAGAAGUGGCUCCACUAUUGGCCGCAUCAUUGAGGGUAGUCCUGCGGAACGCUGCGGACGCCUGCAGGUCGGAGAUCGCAUUCAUGCUGUUAAUGGAGUAUCCAUUCUCGACAUGCAUCACGAGGACAUUGUCAACCUAAUUAAGGUAUCGGGACUCACAGUGGCACUCACGAUUGCUCCACGUACAUCAUCGACCGGAGCGUUAUCACCCGGCAAUAAUAUUCAAGACGACCUGUCCAGCAUCGGAACCAAUCGACCACUCGGGCCUGAUGACUUUAAUGAUCAACCCAUGGGUGCGCAUGUGCUAUCGGCCAGUUCCUUAGUAGAAAGCCAAAUGCUGCCACCUGCUUCUCCGGCAGGAGGUCCACCAGAGUUUCGGCGAGUCGUUCUACAACGAGGUGCGCGAGGUUUCGGCUUCUCGAUUCGCGGUGGACGAGAGUUUCACAAUAUGCCGCUGUUUGUUUUACGCAUAGCGGAAAUGGGCCCUGCACAGAAAAGCGGCCAGCUGCAUGUGGGCGACCAACUUUUGGAAGUUAAUGGUAUUUGCACGGAUGGUAUGACGCAUGCUGAAGCUAUUGGGCUCAUUCGUCAGGGAGGCAGCACGGUAACGUUGCUCAUCAAAAGGAUUAGCAACAACCCCCCUUCAGGUGCUGCUGCAGGCCCUUCACCUUAUAACCCUCAUCAUCAUCUUUCUCAGCAACAGCAGGCACACCACCCGCAGCAUCCCUUAACCGUCGAGAGUCCUCCAUCACUUAUAUCCCAUCAUUCGCUAGGAGGUCCAAUCAGCCAGAGCUCUCCGCGCUCGCCAUCUGCCAUGCUGCUGCAUUCGCCACAUCAUCACCCAGGUUCUGCGGGUGCCACGGGUGUACCCACAUCAGUUCAUCAGGGCAGUCCUCAUCCUGGUCAUCAACUUCAGCAGCAGCAGCAGCAGCAGCAGUCCUCUAUUUACGGAACUCAUGGCCAAUGGGUUGGCUAAUGUGAAGAAGAUCUGAGACAUUCCAACCCUUGAAACGACAACCCGUCACCUCUUGUAAUUGUUGUUGUUAUCAAUUGAUCUAUUUUAUGUCGGCAACAGGAUUAGAACACUUUCCGUGACAUGCGAAUGUAUUUCUACAUAUAGUCAUACUGCUUCAAGUAGUUCAAAGGUGCUGCCUAUUUCCAAUAAAGUUGGACUAGCAAUUUGUUCACUUUACAAUAAAAGUGAACAAUAAACAAUACAUUUUUCGUCAGCUAGUUAAUAAACAGACAUCCGCUGGUCAUAAUAGAAACUCGCACAAUCGUUCGAAAUGAUCGAGAGCACUAGGGAACCCAUUUGAGCAUGAUUUUAGGAAACUCCCCGACUAAAUGAACAACAAUUAGAUUUAUGAUUAUUUGUAUUAUAAAAAAAAAAAAAAAA